AGGAGAGGGAGUAGCGGAAAGGCCCGAGAAUGACCUGUGGAACGGAGUGCACGCUUGGACGCACUCUCGCACGUGAGGAGUGAUUUACUGGAAAGUUUGUCCCUCCGAGGGUCCUGAUCAGACAGCAGAUAUGGGGCGAAAUUUUCCCCCGCGGUGGAUAUUCCCUUGCUGGAUGGUGUGCAUCCUGGUUGCUGUAUAUGCCCAGAGCACAGUCUCAAAGGCUGUUCAAUGUGGCGGACAGCAGUACAUGAAAGGCUCAAGAUGCUGUGAUAAGUGCAAACCAGGUUCCCGAGUGUUUGCAGACUGCACUGAAUCCCAUCAGACUAAAUGCGUUAAAUGCGCUCGUGGGGAGUACCAGCCAUUCUGGACGCAAGAAAUGCGCUGCCUGCAACAGAGAAUUUGUGAUGAAGGAAAAGGUUUCAUGUCCCGGAUUGAAAACCUGGAGGCAGAAGAACCAUGUCGCUGCCCUACUGACUCCCAGUGUUCUCCUAUUAAUUGUGAGUUCUGUGAAAAGAUUCCUCCCUGUCGACCCGGAUAUGGACUCGAGGUGGAACCAGAGUCCAUAUAUGGAAGGAAGGUUUGCGUUCCAUGUAAGAAAGGAUUCUUCUCUGCAGACAAUGACACCAAACAGUGCAAACAGUGGACGAAUUGCAAGGCAGAGGGCAGGAGUGAGACCCGACCAGGCAGUGCUCAGGCAGAUGCUGUGUGUGGGCCACCUGUCUCUGGUGCUGCCCCCUCCUGGGUGAUAGUGUCAUUGCUGCUAGCCAUCACAGUCCUCUGUCUCCUCAUUCUGCUCCUAUUCUGUUACAAAGACAAACUCAAGUUACUUUCUGUUAAUUUGCGAUCGUGUGUACAGAAUCUAAAAAGGACAAGAAUACAGCAGGAGACUUUGGCCCCUCUUUAUCAAAGCGGAGCAGCAGGAGGUCUCAAAUAUGUCCCUUGUGAGACAACAAAGCUCUUCAGUCAACCUCCCCGCUUGAGCGAUGGUGACGAUCCCCCAUGCACCUUAACCCCCUGCACUCCCGCUGCUGAAGUUUCCCUCCCCCAGACCCAAGGAACAACCACAAACGAAGGCCUACAGAAAGAGGCGGCGACAAAGGAACAGAGCGAAGGUUCAAGUGGUCCCGAGGAGGUGUCCGAAGAGGAGGAACUCACCAGCGUCCCCUCACCAUUGCCAGCUUCCUGCAUUUGCAGCGUUCAGGUUCGGGAGCCCCUGGAAGUCGGGGAGAACGAGGACUGUAGCCAGGCUGUCAGCCCUGGGACUCUCUUGACUUGCUCUUGCGGCGGUCUGCGUGCUGAAGAAAAGCCAGAGGAGAAGAAAAUUGCACGAAACAAAGCUGGACAUAUGACCAAGAGUGAAACAAGCAUAGCGUCUCUGGUCUCCUUUUCACCUCCUCUACUUCGCUCUUCCUCUGUCAGUCCUCCUUCCAGCUCAGUUCCUGAGCUUUGCAUGCCUUUGAGCAAGGCUAGGUCAAGGCCGGAGUUCAAAGGUCACCUGAAAGACAUGUCGCCAGUUAAGCAGAAGGGAUAUUGUAGACUGGAAAGCACGGACUCGUCCUCCACAGACAACUGCGGGCCCUCAGCCAUGACUUCAGUUGGCCCUUUGAAGACGUCCUCAUCGAUUGGAGAUCUCUACUCAGAAAAAACUCCAGAGAUCUUCAGUCAGGAACAAAGCCAUGCAUCUCCCUGGGAAGACAGCAAGGGAAAAACGCUCCUCUCUGCCAACACAGAGCUUGAGUGCCCACCUGGAUGCUUACAGAGUCAGCUUGCAGAACCAACUCUUACCUCAGGUCACGUUUCGGGGAACCACAACACCACCUUCAUCUCCAGUGGUCAGGUGGUGAACUUCAGCGGCGAUGUCAUCGUCGUAUACGUCGGUCCGACGUCUCUCGGAAGCGACGGUGCACCGUCGGACGACGACUUUUCCAGUCCUGUACAAGAGCAAGCUAAUGUGACCGCUCCGUUUUUUCAGAGUAGCGAGAGGUCUGAGGGGAACUGUGUUACCCAAAAAGCAUUAAGGGGCAAAACCCAAGAAAUGACUGCAUAGGUGUCCCAAUUGGAAUUAAAGCUGUAGAGCAUAAAAAAUGCUCUCUAACCAUAAACCAAUACACUAUUUAGCCCAAUGUCAAUCUAUGCAUUUUCUAUGAGCUGGAACCAAUCCCAGGCUGGAUUGGUCACCUGCCAAUCAUCAGGGUACUUGCUAAAAGCUAAUUCGAGUUCUGACUGGCGGACUUGAGUACCAUAAUUUUCGGACUAUAAGCCACUACUUUUUCCCCUCUUUUUGAAUCCUGCGUCUUUUAGUCCAGUGUGGCUUAUUUGUUGAUUUAUUUGGGUUAAUACUGUAGGUAACACUUUAUUUAAAAUUACGACAUGACACUAUCAUGGGCAUUAAUGAAUGCUUAUGACAGAUGUCAUUCAGUGUCAUCCGGCAAAUUAUGUCAUUGACCCCAUUGAUCUCCAGCUCGGAUCUUUUACAUCCAAAGAUAUUACUGAGGUAAUUUGCCGGAUGACACUAAAAGAUAUUAUUACAUUAUAAGCAUUCAGUAAUGUUCAUAACAGUGUCAUGUCAUAAUUAUGAUGGUCUUAUGAGAGUCCUAUGGUGCCACUGUCAAGUGCUACCAAAUACCAUGACUAGCAAUUAAUGAGACAACUAGAACAGUAAAUGAAGAAAUAGUUUGCACAGAACAUGAAUUUUGAUUGUUAUUUACAUCUGUAGUGCUGCAAUGCAUGCUAGGAGGCAUGUUGGAUGGUAAAAGUGUUGACAGCAGGUGGCAGCAGAGGUUGACUGUCUCCACCAAGGGAGCAGUGAUGGCCAAAUGCAGCUUCUUGAAGUAUGGUGGUGCAUUUGGUUCAUGGUGCAUGGUGGUUGGUUCAUGGUGCAUGGUGGUUCAUUUGGUCUUAUGACAGUCUUAUGAUGCCGCUGUCAAAUUAAAGUUUACCAAAUACCAUAACUAGCAAUUAAUGAAAAAACUGGAACAAUAACUGAAGAAAUAAUUACCACUGAACAUGAAUUUUUAAUUGUUAUUUACAUGUCUAGCACUGCAAUGCAUGCUAGGAGGCAUGUUGGAUGCUAAUGAACGCUUAUGACAGAUGACAUUCAGUUUCAUCCGGCAAAUUACAACAGGAUGACACUAAAAGACAUCCAUUAUAAGCAUUCAUUAAUGCUCAUGACAGUGUCAUGUCAUAAUUAUGAUGGUCAUAUGACAGUCUUAUGGCGCCACUGUCAGAUAAAAUGCUAUCAAAUACCAUAACUAGCAAUUAAUGACACAACUGGAACAGUAAGUGAAGAAAUAAUUCGCACAGAACAUUAAUUUUGAUUGACAUCUAUAGCGCUGCAAUGCAUGCCAGGAGGCAUGUUGGACGAUAAAAGUGUUGACAGCAGGUGGCAGCAGAGGUUGACUGUCUCCACCAAGGGAGCAGUGAUGGCCAAAUGAAGCAUUUUGAAGUAAUGAAGCUUUGCAGCUAAUUGGUUCAAAGCUUCAUGGUGGUUCAUUUGGUCUUAUGACAGUCUUUUAAUGGCGCUGUCAAAUUAAAGUUAUACCAAAUAGCAUAACUAUCAAUUAAUGAAAAAAACUGGAACAAUAACUGAAGAAAUAAUUACCACUUAACAUGAAUUUUUAUUUGUUAUUUACAUGUCUAGCACUGCAAUGCAUGCUAGGAGGCAUGUUGGAUGCUAAUGAACGCUUAUGACAGAUGUCAUUGUUUCAUCCGGCAAAUUAUAUCAAGAUGACAGUAAAAGACAUCCAUUAUAAGCAUUUAUUAAUGCUCAUGACAGCGUCAUGUCAUAAUUAUGAUGGUCUUAUGACUGUCUUAUGGUGCCACUGUCAGAUAGAAUGCUACCAUAUACCAUAACUAGCAAUUAAUGAAACAACUGGAACAAUAACUGAAGAAAUAAUUCGCACAGAACAUUAAUUUUGAGUGUUAUUGACAUCUAUAGCGCUGCAAUGCAUGCUAGGAGGCAUGUUGGACGAUAAAAGUGUUGACAGCAGGUGGCAGCAGAGGUUGACUGUCUCCGCCAAGGGAGCAGUGAUGGCCAAUGAAGCUUUGCAGCCACUUGGUUCAAAUCUUCAUGGUGGUUCAUUUGGUCUUAUGACAGUAUUAUGAUGCCGCUUUCAAAUAGUGUUACCGAUUACCAUAACUAGCAAUUAAUGAAAAAACUCGAACAGUAACUGAAGAAAUAAUUACCACUGAACAUGAAUUUUAAUUGCUAUUUACAUCUCUAAGGCUGCAAUGCAUGCUAGGAAGCAUGUUGGAUGCUAAUGAACGCUUAUGACAGAUUAUGACAAAUUAUGUCACUGACUCCAUUUAUCUCCAGAUCAGAUCUUUUACACCCAUUCAAAAGAGAGAUAAUUUGCCGGAUGACACAAAAUGACAUGUUAUAAGCAUUCAUUAAUCCUCAUGGCAGUGUCCUGUCAUAAUUAUAAUGGUCUUAUGACAGUCUUAUGGCUGUCAAAUAAAGUGUUACCAAAUACCAUAACUAGCAAUUAAUGAAACAACUACAACAGUAACUGAAGAAAUAACAUGAACAUGAAUUUUGAUUGUUAUUUACAUCUGUAGCGCAUCCUAGGAGGCAUGUUGGACGCCAACAUUGUUGACAGCAGAGGUUGACUGUCUCCCCCAACGGAGCUGUGAUGGCCAAAUGAAGCUUCUUGAAGCAAUGAAGCUUUGCAGCCAAUUGUUUCAAAGCUUCAUGGUGGUUCAUUUGGUCUAAUGACAAUCUUAUGAUGCUACUGUCAAAUAAAGUGUUACCGGUUAAUAUCAUUUGGUGUAAAUAUCCCAUAAUACAGUGAGGACAACUGCGGCUUAUAGUCUAGUGAAGCUUACCUAUGAACAAAUGUUGUUUUCGUGUCAAAUUUGGUGGGUGGUGGCUAAAAAUCAGGUGCACCUUAUAGUCCAAAUAUUACGGUACUAUUCAUUUUGUACUAUUAAAAGUGAUCAAUUCACACUGUGGUGGGAAAAAAUCCAAAUGUUUGCAAUGUGAAAGCCUGACAAAAUCAUACCAUGAAAGUAAAUAUUGUAUUGCAGGCUUUUUCAGAGCAACUUUAUAACAUCAAAACCUUGUUUUUUGUUGUCGUUUAUUUUCUACUAUAAGUAUACAUAAUAAGGAGACACAUCCAGUUUUGGUACGAAUCUUGUUCUUUUCUGUAUGAAUUUUCUUUUUUUCCAUACUGCACUAUUGUGCAGUUGUUUUUGGUAAAAAAAAAUGCUAUGCAUUUGAUAAGCCAUUUUAAUUUUGAGUAUGAUUUAACAUGCAGGCUUUGUUGAAGAAAAAGGAAUAUGUGUUGAUAUUAAUUUGCUCAAAAAAAUUGGAAAAGGUUGUUGCGUUAUGUUUUCAUGUUUUUUUUUUUUUAAUGUUGCCAAAAAGCAUCCUGUAUAUAUGUGAAAAAUGAAUAUGCCAGCCAUUUAUGUUUGCAACAGGGACAAUCAUAAUAAUU